AGCAAAUAUUUAUCAUAACAAACUCAAGCUUAAGUUAAGAAGAGUUACUUGAUAUAUCUGCAUUGGCUGCCAUGGGAGAAGCAAUAAUCGAUCCCGGUUACAUCCAAGAGGAAGAGCACAGACCAAAGCUGGUGACUCCUCACGAGUACCUCAACGACGAAGAAAUCCCCGUCAUUGACCUCUCCAUCGACGAGGACAUUGUGGCCCGAAUUGGAGGGGCCGCGGAAAAAUGGGGAUUUUUCCAGGUCAUAAAUCAUGGAGUGUCGAAUGAACUGAUCGCGAAGAUUGAAGAAUUGGCCUUCCAAUUCUUCAAUCUUCCGGAGGAGGAGAAGAAGAAAGUGAAGCGAGACGAGGUCAACCCCGCCGGGUUCCAUGACUAUCCUCAUACUAAGAAUGUGAGGGACUGGAAACAAGUGUUCAACUUCUUUUUGCAAGAGGAGACUUUGUGGCCAACUUCAUACGAGGAUGGUAAUAACGAGGUCAUGGUUCUCACCAACCAGUGGCCUGAUUACCCUCCUCAACUUAGACAAGUGUGCCAAGAGUAUGGUCGAGAAAUGAACAAGCUGGCUUUCAGAUUGUUGGGACUUAUUGCAAAAAGUUUAGGGUUGGGUGAGAAGAGAUUUGAUGAGUUGUUUAAAGAGCAGAUGAGCCUGGUGAGAUUCAAUUACUACCCUCCAUGUCCUGUCCCUGACUUGGCCUUGGGAGUUGGUCGCCAUAAGGACUCUGUUGCCAUAACCAUUCUUGGCCAGGAUUCUGUGGGAGGACUCCAAGUUAGGAGAAAGUCCGACCAGGAGUGGAUCCCUGUUAAACCCAUUCCUUAUGCCUUCAUUAUCAAUAUUGGUGAUCUUAUUCAGGUUUGGAGCAACGGCAAGAUCGAGAGCGUGGAGCACAGGGCAGUAGUGAACACGGAGAAGGCGAGGUUUUCGCUUCCAUUCUUCUUCGCCCCGGGACAAGACCUAAUGGUGAAGCCCUUGGAAGAAUUACUGAAUGGGGAGCCCCCAAAAUACAAGACCUAUAACUGGGGCAAAUUUUUUGCUAAUAGAAACCAUGGCGACUUUAAGAAAAGGGAUAUCGAGAACAUCCAAAUUACUCAUUUUACCCUACAAGAUAAAUAAAUAUUGGGUAAGGAGUACUAGUACUAUAUAAGUAUGUAGUUCAUGAGUGUGGUGAUCUAGACCGAUGGAGAGCUAGGGCAUAGAAGUUUCGGACUGGACCAUCAAAGUUUUAUUCAAUAAGACUCGUGGAUUUUCUUAAUAAAGAUGCACUUUUAAUUUUUAUUAUUGUAUGAUCAUUAUGCAUAUAUAUAUUUAUAUAUAUAUAUGCUAAUUGGUAUAAUAAAUAUCCCAAGUGUGUGAUUGUAAUAUAUAUAUAUAUAAAUGUAUUCAAUUUAUGCAUUA